ACAUCCAUAGCAGGCUGCAGCCGGGUAAACGCGCCGGAGAAACUCGGGACAUGGCGGCUCACUCUGUCUUCAACCUCGCGCCGGCGACGUCUCUGCUGCGGUCUAACCCAAGUCAACGCCCCUGUCAACCUUCUUCUGUCCCUAUCCUUCAUUCUUCCUUUCUCAGCUCCGAGACUCUCUCCAUUUGUUCCUCGAAUUCGAAUCCGUCUUGGCAGCUCACAAGGCGCCGGCCCCUUAGCGCCACAGUGACUCUGAGCCUUCCCACCGCAAACCCUGAUAGAGCUGUGUCUGUUUCUCCAGACAAAAUCCCAAAAUGGUCGAGGAGGACAAUAAAGUCGUUUGCCAUGGCUGAAUUGGAAGCGAGGAAGCUCAAGUACCCGACUACUGGAACUGAAUCUCUCCUCAUGGGCUUGCUCAUCGAGGGAACUAGUUCGGCGGCUAAGUUUUUAUUGGCGAAUGGAAUUACUCUGUUCAAGGUGCGGGAAGAGUCUAUUAAAUUACUCGGCAAGGGGGACAUGUAUUUUUUCAGCCCUGAGCAUCCGCCGCUGACUGAAGAUGCCCAGAGAGCUCUUGAUUGGGCAUUUGAUGAGAAGCUAAAAUCAGGUGAAGGUGGAGAAAUCACGACAAGCCAUCUGCUUCUCGGGGUGUGGUCUCAAGCAGAGUCACCAGGGCACAAGAUAUUGUCCGCCCUCGGGUUCAACGACGACAAAGCCAAAGAGCUUGGAUCAAUGAUUCAAGAACCCGGGUACCAUGGUUGAUAUAUAAUUUACGUACUCUUCACCCAUUUCACGCUUCUUGUAGCAUCGGUUUCAAUUCUUUCUAGUGAUGGGAUGUUGAAGGAAUUUGUUCCGCUUAUUUUGAGCUGAUAUGAAAUGGCCGUACAAAAGUUUUGCUUAGGAAGAAAGACAUUGAUUUGUCUAAUGGGUCCCCUUUAAAAUAAAUCAUCUCCUACAUCGGAGGACAUGCCUCUGGGCAUAGAACUGCGUAAUUUACGAGACAA